AAACAAUUCGUUAGUACCACCAUUUGAAAAUGUAGAGUAGCUCUCAGUGUCGCGAAUAUGUAUGAAUGUGAAUGUUGGUGAUGUUUUUGCAACUUUUGUUUGUGUAGAAAUUCGCGUUUUCGACAGCGCGAGUCUCUCUCUGGAACGGGACUAAAAAAUCACAAUGCCGCCCACGCCGUCGUUCCCGCCCCUCAUCCGGAGGCUCCGCCCCGCGCUCGGUGACGUCACGGGAACGCGCAGGCGGCUCUGAUUUGGGUCAUCGAGUGUGACCUUUCUGCGAGGCCUUCUACGACCGGGACGAAAUCCAUUCGCAGUCGUAGCGCAUCCAGACUUCUUCGCCAUGGCCUCCAACACUUCCAACUACAAACUGAGCCCCGCUACGGCCAGUCUAAAGUACAAUGAUAUAUUGCCAUACCGUUGCGAAGAUGUGCCGGCAGCUAGGGAGUUCCUUCACAAAGUUGUCAAUGGUUUGCCGUCUUUUUUUAAAGAGAAAAUGCCUACCAACAUCCUGCCCUACAAAUUGGAGAACGAGAGUCAGACGCGAGAGUUCCUGCAAAAGGUGGUCGAAGUGCUAUUGGAUUUCAUCAGAUCGACCAACGAUCGGAAUGAGAAGAUUCUCGAUUUUCACCACCCGGAAGAGAUGCAGAAACUGCUGGACUUGAGGGUUCCGGAUCAGGGAGUCAACCUUCAGCAGCUGAUACACGACUGCGCCGUAACUUUGAAGUAUCAAGUAAAAACGGGUCAUCCGAGGUUCUUCAAUCAGCUGUCGUGCGGUUUGGACUUGAUAUCGAUGGCGGGAGAAUGGCUGACGGCCACGGCGAAUACCAACAUGUUCACCUACGAGAUCGCUCCGGUGUUCAUAUUGAUGGAGAACGUCGUGAUGACGCACAUGAGGGAGAUUAUCGGGAGUAGUUGGAGGGACGGCGACUCCAUAUUGGCUCCAGGUGGUUCCAUAUCGAACCUGUACGCUUUCCUAGCCGCGAGACACAAGAUGUUCCCGAAUUACAAGGAAAAGGGCAUCGCGACCAUACAAGGCCAACUAGUCAUGUUCACGUCCGAUCAGAGCCACUACAGCGUCAAAUCGUGCGCAUCGGUUUGCGGAUUGGGUACCGACAACUGCGUCAUGGUACCAUCGGACGAAGCGGGUCGAAUGAUCCCUAGGGAAUUGGAAAAACUGGUCGUGGAACGCAAAGCGAAGGGUCACAUCCCGUUUUUCGUGGCCGUCACUUCCGGUACCACCGUCCUCGGUGCGUUCGAUCCUAUCAACGAGGUUGCCGAUAUCUGCGAUAAGUAUGGGAUGUGGCUUCACGUAGAUGCUGCUUGGGGAGGGGGCCUUUUACUGUCCAAAAAGUACCGCCACCCUAGAUUAAGUGGAGUAGAAAGAGCCCAAUCGGUCACUUGGAACCCUCAUAAGCUGAUGGGCGCUCUGCUCCAAUGUUCUACGAUUCACUUCAAGGAAGAUGGAUUGCUAAUGAGCUGUAACCAAAUGGCUGCCGACUACCUAUUCAUGCAAGACAAACUCUACGACAUACAGUACGACACGGGCGACAAGGUUAUACAGUGCGGACGCCACAACGAUAUUUUUAAAUUGUGGCUGCAAUGGAGAGCCAAGGGCGACGAGGGUUUCGAAAAACACAUGGAUCGGCUGAUGGAACUGUCGGAAUACAUGGUGAAAAGGAUCAAAGAUCAACCCGACAAAUUUUAUUUGAUCAUGGAGCCGGAAAUGGUCAACGUGUCAUUCUGGUACAUACCUACGAGAUUGCGCAACAUGAGCCACAGUAAACACAGGGAGCAGGAACUCGGAAAGAUGUGUCCAGUUUUAAAGGCUAGGAUGAUGCAAUCCGGCACUUUAAUGGUGGGCUAUCAACCCGACGACAGACGUCCAAACUUUUUUAGGAACAUUAUUUCUUCGGCGGCGGUGACUGAAAAAGAUGUGGACUUCUUGCUUAACGAAAUGGAUCGUCUAGGACACGACCUGUAAACAUUUGCUUUAAUUUGCGGUUUUUGAUUAAAGUGAAAAAAAAAAGAAAUUGCCGUCAGGGGCAGCUAAAAAAAAGUAUUAAUAUUACCUUCAAAAAAAUACACUAACUUAAAACUGAUUACAAUUACAAUACGAUUUCAUUUUCUAAUUAAAAGUGAUUACGUUUCUGCAAAUUAUCAACGUUUUGCCGCUAAAUAACAAAGGCAAAAUAUCCUUUAGUGCUACAUUAUAGUGCCGCCUAGUGAUAUUUCCACAACAUUAUAAACCCACAUAGAUACAAAAAAAAGAAUAAUAUAAUCAGAAAACAAUGGCAAAUAUCAAAAAGAAAGAGACGUCCAGUACCUGGAGCCGGUCCUGCCUUUAAUAUCUAGGUAUAGCCACUGCAAAAAAGCCCGUGUUAGUUAUUGCUAUUUUUUGGGAUUCGCGUGUAUUUCGGAAAUUUUUUAAAUAUUCUCGUUUUGUUAAUCGAAUAAAGUCAAUAUAUUUUAUUUUUAAAUUAUGACGAAAAGUAGAUUAUUUUGGUGCGAUAAGCAAGGAGCGAAAAAAAUCCAAGAAAAAACCACAAUAUAACACAUAAACAUCUUAUAGUCACGAACUAUUAUUUGCGAUAAUAAAAAAAGAUAAAUAAUACAAUUACAUUCACAUAAUAGCAACCUGUAAAACAUUCCUAUUUAUAAAAUAAACAAUUUUUUUGCAAUUAUAAAAAUGUUUUUCAAAAUUUCCCAAAAGAAGAUUGGGCCACUUUUCCGUGUUUAAAAAUGCAAAAACUUUGCUCAAUAUCUGCCGAAGUUCUCGGACAUUGUUUUAAUUUUGGAAUUAAGCGUGUUUCUAAUUUAUACAAAUCCAGUUCUCUUUCGAAAUACGCGAAAUUGCCUAUAAAAAGAACACAAAAGAACAAAUAUUAAAUGUUCUUUCACCGUUGAUAUAGAAAAAAAGAGCUUUUGCAUUUCUUAAAGAUGAGUCGCUUAAAUCUUCGAUAACUUUUUAACUAAUUCAAAGUUCUCGGUAUAAAAUAUAGCAGCGGCAGAAAUACUUUUUUUACUUAAUUAAAUCAUUAAUCAAUGUAAACUGGUCUCUUAUACAUUCUGGCACCCCGCUGAUACCAUGAGUCAAAAAUAAAAAUAUUGAAAUGGGUUAGAAUAAAAUGUUUUUAAAUUAAAUAAAAAGAGUACGAAUUUAGAUAGGGUCUACCAUAAACCAUUGAUAAUUACGUCGUUGUUUACCAUUCGCAGUUAAAAACCGCCAAUAUCGCAUCGAUACUGAAUUAAAUUAAAACUUAUAUAUUGGUAUAUAAGGCGUAUGUAUGUAUCAAUUGCUCACAAAUCAACUGAGCAAUAAUGCUGUGUUGGAUAAUAAACAAAGUUCUAAGCGCAAAUAUCCUUUUGGCGUAAGGAAUAAGUUGUUUUUAAUAUCGAACUAAUUUUGGAGUGAUUCCCCGUAAAAGAGAACUUGAAACCAACCAAUUCUAUCAAUUAAGAACAUAUCAUUGUAGGAUAGUUGUUAUUGAAAUUAAUCGGCAUCUUCCAUAGUAUGUAUUCACCCGCUUGCAGUACAGCAAAAAUCGAAAGCUCAUUCUAUUUCAAUUGGUAUAUUAAAGUAUUUCGUAUUUUGAAAUUAUGAAUUGGUAUUUAAAUGAUUAUUACUUUUAGGAGACGAUCUGAUCUGAUAGAAAUUAUUUUUGGGUCAAUACAUACAACGAAAGAACGAUUUUUGUGUCGGUCAUCCGGAAUGUAAGCUGAACACCAGCAAUUUUCACUUGCAAUCCAGAUUUCUCGAGAUAAUUUUUUUUUUGUUGCUGAGCCUGUUUUUCGAGUUACGAUAACAAAUCUGAGCCUAUAUUCCCUGUUGCUUCGAUGUAUAGUGAUAAGAGUGUAAGUUCUUGUUAUUCUAUUGCGCUUGUUGGUACUCAUCUAUAUAUUACGAAUAGGCAAAAUGACUUUUACUGUUUAUGAAAAAUUCUAAAAAAAAUGUUUUGCGAAAAAGCGUAUAAUAUGGUGUUAUUUUUUUCCCGUAGCUUAGGAACUUCUUGUUUUACGAAUCGAUGUAUAAAUGUAUCUGAAAUAUUUAGAAGGCGUUAAACUAGUAUAUAUAUCUAAGUCAAAACCGAAAAAAAAAAGAUAAAACUCACUAAAAAUGAAUAAAUUCAUAAAAAAUAUAGUGAUACAAAUUUAUAUUCUAAUCGAAAUGUGUAGCUGAUGCAAUAAUGUUGUAUAGUCGUUUGUUUGUUAUGUAAAAAUAUUCGAAGACAGAAUAAUUUGUUUCCGAUCAUAAUAUGCAAGUGCUCUGUCCAUAAAUUUUGUUAUCUAGUUUAAGUAGACGCAAAAUCCUGUAAAAUUAUCACAACUAGGUACUUUUUGUACUUCUUAGCAAAACGUUUGGGAGAAGUUCGUAGAUUCGUGUAUUCAUUUGAAGUUUUUCACGCUAAAAGAUAUGAUUUUAGUAGCUGCAAAUUGCCGAAAGCUUUUUGUACAUACAGUGGAAUUAUCAGACUUAUUUAUAUCGGAAAUAUAGGAAAUCCCAUGUAAAUUUGUAGGUGCCCAAAUAUUAGCUCUUUUGUACGGCAAUACAAAAAACACAAAAUAAAGGUUGGUGGUUUACAAUAAAGACAUGCAAAUUUGGUUUCAAAUAUUCAAAAUAAACUAAGUAUAUAGGUGUAGAUAACAUUAUGUUUUUCUGAGUAUUAAAAUCGGACAGCAACAAGAAAUAAAAAUACAGUUACAAAACAUUGCUAAAAAGAAACAUUUAAAAUAACCAUUACUCUUCAAGUAAAUGUAACAGCUAAAUAAUAUCCCUAAGCGAUCAUAAAAUUCAUUUCUGACAUAGCUGACCCCACAGAAAGCAGCCAAUCGGCGAGAGGUCAGGUGACCUGGAUGGCUAAAGGAUUCGGCACCUUGGGCCAAUAAUAUUCCCGUUGAUGUUUGAUGAUGAUUUCCAAGAUUCCUCUUACCAAUCAUUUUGUUUUCCUCCGCAUGCAGUAAAAUAUUCAAAUCUCUAUCGUCCCUUUCGUCUGCUCUAUUAUCGACAUUUUCGGCAGAACAUUUACAGUAGGUACAGUUUAGGGGAAAACAUUUGAGACAAAAUUAUAAGACUGCUUUUCUUCAAUUUUUUUCAAUAUUUAGCUUUAAUUAAAGCGCGUUUAAUAACGGAUAACAAUCGUGCGGUCAUUGUUAAAAUGUAUAAAGCUACAUCACGAAUUUGCUAUAAAAUGUACAGGGGCCACCUAAAAAUUUACAUGGGCACGUGUCUUCUGAAAUAAAAAGCUUCUAUAUUUUUUUUCUAUUCCUAAUUCUUUUCAAUACAUUGGCUUUAUUUUUGUUUAUUUUGUUGUAAAAUUCAAAUUCUCGUUUUUCAUUUUCACUACAGCAAAUAGUUGGCAACGUUGUAAAUCUUCGUGUAUCUACUUAUCCGCUAAAUGUAUAAAGUACCAGGAACGAUUUCCAUUUGCAUACUACCCAUAGGCAUCGAAUAAAUUAAUAAAUGUAUUUAAAUGAAAUGUAAAAAAAAUAAUGAUAAUAAAUCUGUAAAUGUAACCUUUUGUAUUUUCAUGUCGCUCCGUACAUUGUUCCUCUAGUUUUUUUGUGAUUGACGGCCCUCUAUUUUGAUAUACAAUGGAGUUCGGAUGUACGAGGGCAGCGCCAAAAUUUCCCGGCCUGAAUAUGAAAGAAACAAAGUAGAGUAACAUUUUUUUAUUAUUUUUCAAUAUAAUUUCCCUUAACUUCAAUACACUUAUUACAUAUCUUUAUUAACAACCCAAUCCCUGUAAAAAAAUAUUCUUUUGGUUUGUCUGCAAAAUGAGCUGUGCACACUGUAGAUGAGCACACUAUAGAACAAUUUUGUUAAGAAUUAUUUAUAGUAGGUAGUGUUUUUUUUUUAAUAAUAAUCGUUUGUUAUUUAUUUUG